CACACACACACACACACAAACACUGACCUCGGACAAAAAUCUCAGAGCUUGAGCUUUCAAAAAUGGCGUCCAUGGCGUCCAACGCCUCCCAUAUCCACUGCCGCCACAAAUGCCCCCCAAUAAGCAAAAUGACUUUUCCUAAACACACAUUUAGCCUAAUUACUGCAUCUCAGCAGAAAAAAGAGCAGGAGGAGCCGUCCCGUGGGGCCCCCGAGCAAAAGGGUCGCAGGGAAAUUAUUCUGAGGAGCAGUGGGGUUGCAGUUCUUGGAGCAAUUUUCCACUUCAGUGGAACAAAACCCAACUACUUGGGAGUGCAGAAAAGCCCACCUGGUCUAGCAUUGUGCCCUGCAACAAAUAAUUGUGUAUCAACUUCUGAGAAUAUGAGUGAUCUCACACAUUAUGCCCCUCCUUGGAAUUACAAUCCUGAGGAGGGGCGCGGGAGUAAAAAACCUGUGACCAAAGAGCGAGCAAUGGAGGAGCUUCUUGAAGUGUUUGUGGAUGACGUUGAGUUUUGGUUCCCACCCAGCAAGAAGCCACUCGUGCAAUAUCGGUCAGCAUCCCGUUUGGGGAAUUUCGAUUUCGACAUUAACAAAAAGAGAGUUAAGCGUCUUUUGGUACAAAAGGAGCUGGGAACUGCAAAGCAGAGAGGAGAAGAAAACGAACUGGAAAUGGCGGAUUUAUUUGCUUGGCUAUUUUCCUUUUUUAUCGUCAUAGCUUUAGUUGGAAUAAUUCUUUACCAGCUAAUGUGCUUGGCUGACCUUGAGUGCGAUUACAUCAACCCGUAUGAUUCGGCAUCUAGGAUAAAUAAGGCCGUUUUGCCCGAAUUCGUUACUCAAGGAGUUUUGUGCUUGCUCCAUCUUAUUACAGGACAUUGGACCAUGUUUCUACUUUCUGUUCCAUAUUCAUAUUACAAUAUAACAUUAUAUUUUAGGCGGCAGCAUUUGGUAGAUGUAACUGAGAUAUUCAAUCAGCUCCCUUGGGAGAAAAAAGUUAGAUUUUACAAGCUGGGAUAUUUAGUCAUCUUUCUGGCUUUGACAAUAUUCUUGAUGAUCUGGAGCAUCGUGGAUGUAUGAGCAAAUACGAAUUUGGUGCCAUUAUUUUAAAUUACUAUCUGGAGUUUGGGCCCCAAACAGGAAAGCAUCGCUUGGAUGUUAAUCGCCAGUCGAAUUGUUUUUGAGAACUUGGAGAAAAAAUCGUGAAGUGUACUUGCAGCCGAUAAAAUAUUCGACUCUGUUUUCAUACAAUAGGAAAUAAUAAUUUGAUUUCUAGAUAAUGUGAACAGUACUUCAAUGUGGCUGAAGCAUAGUCUUAGGUUGAAUAUUUCAAUUUGAUUAACGCAUGGGAUUGGCUGAGAAUGGGUAAUCCAAAGUUUGGUACCAAUACUUUUUUUUUAAUUAAAA